CGCGUACACCAAACCUUAGUCCUCCUAGUCACCAUAGGCUCCAAUAUAAAUGGCGCGUCAUUUGUGCUGCCGGCUCGGCUCUCCCCGCUCGGCCGUCGCUCGCUCGCUAAAAUGCCUCCUUAUCUGAGCCGAAAACCGAGGCGGGGAAGAUCGCCUCGCUCUGAAUGGAUCAGACCACACUGCAGCAGCUCCUGGGUGCUCCACGAAUGGGCUCAGGGCACGUGGGAAUAACUCUGGCCGCCACGUGAACGCCCCCACUCCCUCCGCGCACACUGCAGCAGCAGCCUCUCAUGGCAGUUUCCGUGCACUCGCAAACACAUACACAUCUGCCUGCAUACAGCUCGCCCAUUCCCUUCUGUACACUUGUCCCUCACAGCUAAUUCAUUCUAUGCCGUAUACUUGCGCCCGACAUUGCCUUCCGGACCCCUCGUCGCGCCUAUAAAACGUCGUAGUGCCGCCGCCCACUCUGCUUCACCACCAUGAUUUCUUCCCAUGUCAUUGCCUGCCCAUCCAGGGUCUGAGGAGGAGUUGAGAACGCUCCGGCAGAUUCGGAACAUCAGGUCGGACGAAGAACUCGCUCGUGAACUAUCUCUGCAGCUGAACGGAGACGACGAACGACGGGCGCGCCAGCUCGAACAAGACGAGCGUCUGGCUCGGCGCCUCGCCGGGCUCGAAGCCCCGUCACCCAAACGUCUAGCAUCUUCUACCUCGGCGUUGUCCAACGCAUCAUCUUCUGCGGCCUCAGCGGCCGGUUCUGCCUCUGCCCUUGGUCGGUCGCGGCGGCGGCUCGUGCAGAAACGCGUGUCCGCCUACGUCAGCACGCCCUUCAAGCCUCCUUCUCGCGUGCAGCGACCGCCGACACAUGCCCCUUGUCCUGGCACUGUUUCUCGCCCUAUAGAGAUCCACGACAACGAGGAGGAAGAGGAGGACAAUGGCGUGCUUUGCUCAAACACGUUGGAGGUGUCUUCGUCGUCGACAUUGCCAUUGGCAUUGAAGACGUCGUUUGCGUUUCAGGCCGCCGCUGUGGGUCCAGCCGGGUUCCGUACAGCACGACAAGUGGAAGCCGAGGGUGUUUGUGCGCCGUCGGCCGGAUCCUCUUUUGGUGGUCCCUCUCCUUUGUAUGGAGGGCAGCCACUGCAGCAGCGUCCAGAUCAGCAGGUGAUGCGCGAACUGCGCACUCUUGUCGAAUCGGUUGUGCAUACCGCAAAGGACUCGGGGACCGGACGCGACUCGUCGGCCGCGGCCUUAGCUAAUGAGAUCGAACCUCCGCACCUAACCAUCGAUCUGAUGCCGCACCAGCUUGAGGGCCAGCGGUGGAUGUGUGGGAUGGAACAGGGUCUCGUGCACGGCGGCAUCCUCGCGGAUGAUAUGGGUCUCGGCAAAACCGUUCAAGCACUGGCCCUACUCACUAGUCGACGCGCGUGCGCGGCCGAUGGCCCGAAGACAAACCUAAUUGUUGUGAGUGUCGCACUCUUGCAUCAAUGGGCUGAUGAAAUUCAGUCCAAAGUUGCAGCUGAUCAGCGCUUCAAGGUGUACGUGCACCAUGGAUCUACGAAACGCGACUAUGACUCGUACCAGAUGUCGCAAUUUGAUGUUGUCCUGACCACCUACAAUACCAUCGCUUUUGAAUUCAAGUCGUACAAGCGCUACCAGGCCAAACUUGCUCAAGACGCUGACGCGCCGUCGCAAUCGUUCCCGUUCCUUGAGACGGUAUGGUAUCGCAUAUUGCUGGACGAAGCGCACACCAUUCGCAACCAUGAGACAUUGGCUGCUGUUGGUUGUUGCGCGCUGAACGCCUCGUACCGUUGGUGUCUCACCGGCACUCCGAUCCAGAAUCACAUUGGCGAGCUGUACAGCCUGCUCAAGUUUCUUCGCGUCAAACCGUAUUGCAAAUGGUCCGUGUUUCAGAAAGAUUUUACCCGCCCGCUACGCAGCACUUCCGAGUAUCAUGUGCAGACCGCGCUGUCGAAGCUACGGAUCCUGCUGCAGGGGCUAAUGCUUCGUCGUACGAAACAUACCGUCAUCAACAAUGCCCCAAUUGUGCAGCUGCCGCGGAAACACACGAAAAUCAUUUCGGUGACGCUCUCAGAAGACGAACGCUCUCGGUACCUUGCGCGCUUGUCUGAGGCCCAUGCGUUUCUGGCCCGCACGCAAACACUCACGCAUGGCAGCUCGUUUGGUGGCAUGCUUGUAUUUUUGCUACGGCUGCGACAGGCAUGCUGCCACCCGUGGUUGUCGCCAAGCAUACCGUCUGCUGCAAUUCAGGUGUUACAGGACUCGGAACAAUCACGCAAGCUGGCUAAGCAAUUAAGCCCAAGCGUGGUGAAGCGCGUUGCGGAACUAGAUGACUUUGAGUGUGGUGUGUGUCUGGAUGUCACAUGCUCUCCCGUUUCAUCUCCCCUUGUGGUCACUUUGCAUGCAUGGAAUGAUUCGAAAGAGACAAAAACGGGUGACGACGAUGCGGAAAAAUCGGCAGCUGCCGGCAGCGAGAGUGUCCAAUUGUGUUGGUCCAACGCACAAGACCAGCGCUUCUAUCGACGGUUUUCUCGGCACCUCGACGAAUGGGUGCCGUCGUCGAAGAUCCAAAGCGCAAUCGAGCUCGUGCGCCGUAUCCGAACGGAGCAACCGGGUGAGAAGAUUCUCAUAUUCUCACAGUUCACACAAUUCCUUGAAUUGUUGAGUGUGCCGUUGCAGCGUGAGGGAAUCAGGUUCGUCGUGUACGAUGGAAGCAUGUCGGCUUCCCAGCGUGACGAGGCAAUUCAUCGGUUUCAGCACAAGGAGUCGGUGCAGGUUAUGCUAGUGUCGCUGAAAGCUGGCAGCACUGGACUGAACCUGACGGCUGCGAAUCAUGUUGUCUUGCUCGACCCGUUUUACAAUCCGAGUGUUGAAGAACAAGCAAUUGAUCGGGCAUACCGGAUUGGACAGAAACGGGAAGUCCAUGUGUACCGUAUGAUUACUGCAGACAGUAUUGAAGAGCGUAUUGCAGCUCUUCAGGAAAAAAAACGCGGCCUCGUCCGCAGCGCUAUGGCCGAGGACGAGCGGCGGUCGGCCUUCCGACUUCGCCGAGAAGAAAUCCUUUACCUCUUUGGCAUCUAAUGCCUUAGGGAUUUUUAUUUCCAUUAGUUCUUUAUUCUCUCCUUAUUCAUUUCCGAUACACAGUUACUAAUUCACCCCCCUUCUUCACUCCCA